AUGGCCAGUCCAGCAUCCUGGCUGACUAGGAAGUUGUUUCCCUUCAAGGUGGGUAAAUGGAUGGGGCUUGCUUGCUUCCGGUCAUUGGUGGCCUCCUCGCCCAACAUUCGCCAGAAGAAACUAAUCCAGAAGCUGCAGGAGGAAAAGGCUUUUCGGGAAGAGAUAAAAGUUUUCCGCGAGAAAGUAGAAGACUUCAGGGAAGAGAUGUGGAAUUUCCGAGGCAAGAUCCGUGUUUUCCAGGACCAGAUCUUAGAUUUUUGGGAAGAGGAGAAACCUUUCUGGGAAGAGGAGAAAGCCUUCUGGAAAGAUGAAAAAGCUUUCUGGGAAAUGGAAAAAGCUUUCCGGGAAGAAGAGAAAGCCUUUUGGAAAAAGUACCGUAUCUUCUGGAAGGAGGAUAAGGCCUUCUGGAAAGAGGAUACUGCUUUAUGGGAAAGCGAUCAGAAUCUUCUUCAGGAGGACAAGGCCCUGUGGGAGGAAGAAAAGGCCCUGUGGAGAGAGGAACAAGCUCUUCUUGUAGAGGAGAAGGCCCUGUGGGAGGAUAAAAAGUCACUCUGGGAGGAAGAGAAUGCCCUCUGGGAGGAGGAAAAAGCAUUCUGGUUAGAAGGUGGUGGUCAUAUUGCUGAGGAGCAGAUCCUCGAAGAUGGGCACCACAACAUCAAUGGAGGGCCACGGUCGCCAGUGUUCUUCCGAGGCAGGGCAUGA